AGACGUGAAUCUACAGUAAAACAAAUCAGUAACGCUGUGUUCUUCUCCGCCGUCAAACCACACAACUGAUGGCGUUUCGCGCCACAGCUUGCCGGCCGCGAGCUAAGUACGGGACGUCAUUGGUCAAAUCCCCACGCAGUAUUUACAUAGACCGCGGGUAAACGUAACCCUGGCCAAUAGAAUCUUUGUUGUCGUCAUAGGAGCCCGCCCCUCCUUUGACUCCCGCGAAAAUGGAGCAAAGAGAAGGCAGAAAAUGGAGGCAGGAUUUUUUUUUUCUACUACUUGCAGGCGUUUGUUUGUUUUCCGUUUAGCCAGGAGAUGGCGACAUAAACGCAGACCCUUGGAGACAUACUAUAUUCUUUGAAUUUAAGUAUAUUUAUUAUUAAUCAUUUUAGUCAUUCUGUUCACAAAUUAUUAUUAUAUUAUCUUAUAUAUACACCUGAAUAUUUAACUAACCACUGACAAGUUAUGUACUAUUCUAAUACAUAUGUUUAAAUAACUGUGUAUAAUUAUCUCAUUCUUUGACGUUUGUUCGUACUAUUGUUUUGACAUUAUUUUCUUAAAUGUCCCAAGUUGUUUUUAAUAUUUAGUAGCCUGUAGAAAAGAGCAUGGCCUUAUAUUUUAUUUAAAUUGUUAUAUUAUUAUGUUAUAUUAUGUUUCAGAAUGGUUUGUUUUCAUCCUUCUUCUUUUCCUCUGUGACAACAGUUUCUAUCUAAAUCUAUAGAGUAUAGAUUUGCACCAUUCAAUCCCCUAACCGGAGCAGUAUCAUAUACCCUAAACAUGAAAAACAAUAUGUAAACAACAAGAGAAGAUGAUAGUCAAAAUUGUAAGUCAACACUCAAACUGAUGUUGACAAUGGCGAUGUGGGCGUGGCCUUAACUCUUGACUCCACCCACUGUUGAAGUUCUCCCUGCUGCCGGUGUGUUGUUGCGUUUAGGUUUUCCACCUGAAAAGGGCGCUUUACCUUACUUUCCAGUUUGUAACUUUUAAUUUGGUCAAACGAUAAAGGGUGGGUGUGCAGAGUGAAGUAGGACUUUUUGUUUUUUUUCUCACGCCUCAUCGCUGAGACCAGAGGCUACAGAGCAGCAGCAGCAGGUGUGUAGAUAAACACGAGCAGCCUCAAUUUUAGGUGAACUUUCCAGAUAUUCAUCUCUCCCUCUAUGGCUGGAAUAAUCCUGCAAUAUGUGAGCACGCUGACCUUGAAUCUCAAGCACCUUGGCUUCCCUCCCCUCUCAGACCGCAUCCCGUCCUCGCUGCCAUCACCCGAGUCCACAGUCAAGGCCUCCCAGGUGCCAAACCUGUUCCGGGAGCCGUACAUCCUCUCCGGUUACCGUCCUGUGCAGCAGGAUUGGCGCUGCUACCUCUUCAGCCUCUUCCAGAGACACAACGAAUCCCUGAAUGUGUGGACUCACGUACUUGCUGCUCCGGUGCUGCUGCUCCGGUGGUGGGCCAACGCGGGUGCCGUGGGGUACACCUUGGACACGGUGUCUCUCCCUCUGCUCUUGUUCCUGUUGUCUUCCUUGACUUACCUCUUCUUGAGUGUGAUGGCCCACCUGUUUCACUCCCACUCGGAACAUGCCCAUUACUUCUUCUUCUUCAUGGACUACACCGGCGUUGCGCUGUACCAGUACGGCUGCUCGCUUGGACACUACUUCUACACGUCAGAACCUUCCUGGAGGGAAAGCCACGUCGGGCUUUCGUUUCUCCCCGCUUCCGCGUUCCUUGCGUGGCUCUCGUGCGCCGCCUGUUGUUUUGCCAAGUCCAGGUACAGGCGACCGUAUCCAGUGCAGCGGAAAAUCUGUCAGAUAAUCCCAAAUGCUCUGGCGUACCUGCUGGGCGUUAGCCCCGUAGUCCACCGCCUGUUCACCGUCUCCUGGACGCAAGAGCCAUCCCUGCUCUUCCAUGCCCUCCAGGUUGCCUCCUUCCUGUUGUCCGCUCUCUUCUUUUCCUGUCCCAUUCCCGAGCGUUUCUUCGCAGGCCACUGUGACUUCGUCGGCCAGGGUCACCAGAUCUUCCAUCUGUUUCUGUCCCUGUGCACCGUGUUCCAGCUCGAGGCCUUGUUCCAGGAUUACGCCAGGCAGAGGCGCACGCUGGUGGAGGUUUUUGGAGAGAGGCAGGGGGGGUGGGCCUGCGUGGCUCUGCCGGCGCUGUUCGUGUGUUGCAUCCUGACGGCGCUGCUCGUGACCAGACACGUGAGCAGGCGGCCGGGGGACAAGCGAGAGAAAGGCGAGUGAUGAAGACAAGGAGACAGGCCAUAACGUCAGCCGCGGUUACUACCUGAAAACGACCUAGACACUGUGUGAAUACAUGGACAAGAAAGACACCAACGAGCUAACCUCAAUCUUUGGCCGUCAAGUCAGAACCAAAGAUCCUGCCAAGAGGAGAGCUUUGACUCGGACACCCGUCCAAAGACACGGAACAGACUGAACAGACUGCAACACUCCCUAAUGGACAUUGUCUAUAAACAGAACUAAAUCACGAUCCUAAUUAUAAUUAUUAUAAACAUUACUUAGAGCUGCAACGAAUAAUUAUUGUGGGUAAUUUAAUUGUGACCUAUCUACCUCAGCGUGGUGCUAAAUCAUUAGGGGACCUGAAACCCUAGUUAAAAAAAUUUUGAAGUAUUGAUACAAUAAAAAAGAACUGUGCUAAAAUAUUCAUCUCUGACUUUUCUCUUUGACAUUUCAGAUGCGUUCGAUUUUUUUAUUUUUUUAUUUUUUUUUGUUCUCUACUCACGGUUGUCUCACUGUUACUGCAACGC